AUGAGCUAUCGUCCGCCCAGACUGUUGCGAUGGCGGUCGUCGACGGGGUUCAUCAUCGCGACGGCCUGGAUAUCGUUCUUCACGGACUACUUUCUCUAUGCGAUGAUCGUGCCUGUUAUGCCCACUGCCCUCGUCGACCGCGCCGGCGUCGCAUAUGAAGACCGAGAAUUCUGGGUGAGCAUCCUGUUGAUGUGCGAAGCCGCCGUCGCCUUCGUCUGCUGCCCAGCGUUCGGGUACAUGCUCGAUGCGGCACCCACGCGCCGGAUGCCCUACCUCCUGGGCCUGAUCUUCCUCGGGGCAUCGAUGGUCCUCCUCGCUCUCGCGCACACGAUCGCAGUGUUCAUCGUGGCCCGCAUGCUGCAGGGCGCGGCCACCGCCAUGGUCGCCGUGGCCGGGCUCGCCCUGCUCACGGACUCGGUCUCAACGAGCAAUCUCGGCCAAACCAUCGGGUACCUGGGCUCGGCGAUCGCCCUGGGGUUUCUGCUGGGUCCGCUGCUUGGCGGUCUGGUCUAUCGAGUUGCCGGGUACCAGGCUGUGUUCGCCAUUGCCUUUGCCAUGGUGGGGAUCGAUCUGCUCAUGCGAGUCGCGGUGGUCGAGAAAGCCGUCGCCGAAUGGUGGAUGCAGACGCAUCCAUCAUCCUGCUCGCCGUCCCGAGGAGAGGAUGGGUGUACGUCAAGCGACAGUCUGGUGCAACAGCAGCAGCAGCAGCAGCAGCAGCAGCAGCAGCAGCCACCAACCGCGUCGCCAACCAGACGCCCCUCUUCAUCAUCUUCCGCGACGUCCAGCAACGACCCACACAAGAAGCCAGCGAUACUCCUAAUCAUCCGCGAACCACGAAUCCUCAUCUCCUCCGGAGCUCUCCUCAUCCACGGCCUCCUCUACUCCGCCUUUGACGCUACAAUCCCCAUCUUCGUCGAAUCGCGCUUCGGCUGGACCACCUUCGGCGCGGGGCUGGCCUUCCUCCCCUCCGCCAUCACCGCCCUCUUCCAACCCUACUUCGGCCAUCUAACAGACACCCACGGCCCCCGGCCCAUCGCACUCACCUCCUUCGCCCUCCUCCCCAUUCCCCUCCUCGCUCUCCGCCUCGUCACCACCGCCCAACCAACCCACAUCGCCCUCCUCCUCACCUGCCUCACGGCCAUCGGCUGCCUCAUCAACCUGUGCACGCCGGCGCUGUACCUCGAGACGCAGUCCGCCUUGGCUGCGAUGGAAGCGCGCGACCCCACCGUCUUCGGCCGCAAGGGCGCCGUCGCCCAGGCGUUCGGUAUCCAGACGAUGGCGCAGUUCCUGGGUCUGUUUUUGGGGCCCUUGUGGGGGGGGUUCGUGGCGUGGCGGGCGGGGUGGGCGGUCAUGACGGGGAGUUUGGCGGGGUUGGUGGGGGUUAUGGUUGUGCCG